AUGCUCUAUCUCUACACUGAGACCGCCUUCCAGGUGACACCUGCCACCACGGCCUCAGUGGUGAACCUCCAAAUUCCGAGAGCAAACGGAUCCUAUGACAAGUCCAAAUUCUCCUCCAAGAAACCAGGCGACAGCAAAGCCGUCACCAAAGACGAGCAGACAUAUUCAUCUCACAUCCUUGCCUCCCAGAGCUCCAUCUAUUUCCGAGAGUCCAAGAGCUACCCGAGGACGUUUUAUUGGAAAGUGGUGGACAAUGGAAAAGUCUUGGAGGUGCAAUGCGCAGACUUUGCCAGGAGUGAAGGCGACACCAAAGAGGCAUACUUGACUCUUCGAUUCGAGUUUCAGGAUCAGAUUGCACCUUGCGGUGUCACGUUUGCCGACCUUGACAACGGCGACGAGAUCCACGCCUUUGUCUGUACCCUCAAAAACGAGAUCUUCAAUCUCUGCAUACCCACAAACGCAUUCCGCUACGCUCGGAUACUUCAGAAUGAGAAUCUGAGUCAAUGGUGUCAGUCCAUGGAAAGCUCGACCCUGAGCAUUGAUACGGUACACCGCAUCUACGCCAGCAGUCCGCUGGAUGUCUUCCUAUCAUUUGCAAGCGGGAGAAUGCAGAGGCUGAGACGCGAAGCUGUCCAGGCGGAUUGGGUACAGACCAAAUAUGACGACCGCUCUUGGGGCGCGUCCAUUCGAGGACUUGUCGGCCGUGGAGUACACACGGUCGAAUAUGGCUCAACGCAGCUGGACCCGAGAACGGCCCAGGCCAUGGCCUUAUCAAGGAAUGGGGAUGGUGAUCUGCUCUUCACUGUUUGUCUCAACCACACGCUAAGGAUUUGGGACUUGGAACAUGGUAAAAUCUUGGCUACGAAGGACUUGCUAGGCUUAGCAAGAGAUGCCAAUGACAGGACGCACCUCAAUCCAGCAGAGAACGCUCUGAUACAGCUUUUCAAAGAGAAGCCCACCCAGAAAUAUCCUACUGUCUUGACCUUCAGCUCUCGAAAGGGAGGACAGUUGAAAUUCUGGGACAUCAAUGAAAGUUCUACAAAUCAGCUCUCUAUUGACGACAAGUAUCCGACGGUGACACUGAGUCCUCCAGACCCAGAUGAGACGGGAAACACUGUCUGGUCGAUGAUCGGAUUUAAGCUCGAACCCGGGGCUGAAUUCAAGUCUGCUCAACUAUGGGUGCUUUGGCGGAAUCACAACUAUCACCAGCUCUACAACUGUCAACUCGAAUUUGGUAGCAUUGCAAGCUCGUGGGAAGAGUCUAAUUGGGUCAAGUGUAAUCCAUUGGCAUCGGCAAAGAGCCAACCCCCAGAAUUGGUCAAAGGCGGCCAGGAGGAUGCAGCUUCAAAGUGGCUGGAUUUCUUGUUCCACCCCGGACGAUAUUCGGAAACAAGUCUGGAGACGGCAUUGUCCUUGUUCGAGCAAGCUAUGGCAGUGAAACCAACAAGCUCGUAUAGGUCCGCGCCGCUGCGCCAACGAUUAUGCUCAGCCGUCGCAGCAAAUGUCUCCCUGCGCAAGUACGGAGAUUCAGAUAUGGACUUUGACCGAUUCGGGAUCGACACCGAUGCCCAGUGGCGUAAUUUCUACAGAAUUGCGGAGAACGUCAAUCAAAGCAGGAACGCCCCUCUUGCACUGGCCUAUGACGCCUUCAGUGAGAUGGUGUGGAUCACAUUGGCAGACAAAUGCUGCGCUGUACGGGAAUGCAGCAAAAUGGAGUUGCUCCAGCAGAACAGCAUCACCGACGUCAAAAACCUCGAAGAGACUGCUGCCCGAAGAUGGCCUCAUCGGAAGGUCAGCGCAGAAGAUGGAGAACCGUUUGUCGAACUCGCUGUGCUGAUUGCCGCGGCUCGGAGAUUUCGCGAGGCAUUUCCUCCAGAGCUCGCUCAAGACCUUACACUCGCCAUCACAGAAGAUCUGUCGAUUGGCGGCGAACAUAUUACUCCUAUUCGGCUAUUGAAUAUCUAUGACAGUGUGGGAUAUGGCGACGCUGUGUCGAACGACGUUUUCGAAAGGCUAGAAUCGGAUCUUGCCUCCUUCGGGGGGAUAUCGGGUCUCAAUAACGAACUAUUCUUGGGCGUGCUGGAGCUGCUCGUUUCUAAGAGCAAGAGGUCGAAGAGUGCUUUACGAAAUACUUUGUUUGGAAGCCUACUUCUGUCAGCAGGUGUACGUGACUUUCUGUCUGCGCAGCGACGGCUCCUGAUCGAUCUUCUGGCCCUGGCGAUUUUCGUCGAGGGCGAAUUGAGCCAGGAGGAGACCAAAUCCGCAGUGUUCGAUGCCGCUGAACUGUACGAUCAGAUCGCUCCGCUUCUACGCCUCUGCGAACGCAAUCUCUGGCUGGCAUCGCACUCACGGCUGGUGCCCCUGGAGAUCCUUGGCGCGGAUGGACAUCCCAAUGCUACUCGUCGACAGGCGAACGCGACCUCUGAGGACAAGAGGUCGGUGUCAAUAUUCGAGGAUGCGUUGAGCAAAGCAGUUCGACCACAACCUGCCGUUGACAAACCCUUAAUGUAUCUCAUCACAGACCAAGUCUCGGAGAUCGAUGAUUGGGCUUCCGGCAGAGACACUCUUGAUCCAGAAGAAGCCCCGGUCUUUCUACAGUGCGACCUUCUCAAGCAGGGAGAACUCGAUCUCGCGACCGACUUUUUGAGAUAUCAACCUUCAACAUCCUGGUCAAGUUAUGUCAAAGGCCGAUUGAUGGUCUCUAAGGGGGAAUAUGACGUGGCUGCAUACUACUUUCGCAAGGCGUCGUAUGGUCUUGCAUGCGGCAAGGCGGUCGGCAAUCUUGUGGCUCUGUCGGCAGGGCUACUUUCGACGAUUGAAGCCGAGUGCUUCAACAAUGGCAUCCCAAUGUACCUGGUUCAUGUCAUGACCCUCUUUGAGACUGCCAAGGCAUAUAAUGAAGCAGCUCAAUUCGCGCACCAAGCUCUUGAAGCAUUACAGCAUGGUCAGAAAGAACCGGUAUCCAACUUCCGAGCCGAAGUACUAUCUCGGUUAUUCAACGCAGAGCUCAAACUGUCGAGAUAUGAGAAGGCAUAUACUGCUCUCGUCCAGCUACCGGAUCCCGUGUUGCAGCGGUCCUCUGUCACCGCCCUUGUCGACGCCAUCUUAAACUCCAAUCUCUCUAUUUCAGGACCUGAAGGCGCAGUUCGCAUACUGCAGUCUCUGCCAUGGGCUAUGUAUCCGCAUCUAGCACGCCACAUGAAUCAACACCUGGUUUCGCUGUCGAAAAAGCAAUUCACGACUUCGGUCUGGGCACUGGGCGACAGAAGAUUAGACUACUUGUCCACCAUGCACGCCAUUCGUCUUUCGCAAGGAGACUAUCGGGGCGCGGUGACGUUCCUGUAUGAUCGGCUGAAGGCGAUCCGGAAGUCGGGCCGAGCCAGACACGAUCCACGCGGUACGGCGCUAAGGCACGUCUUGCUUGCCCUGAUAAAUCUGAUGGCCUGUGUGGCGCCAGAGGAAGCAUACAUCAUAGUGGACAUCGAGGACCAGAAGCCCGCGGCGACCGGUGUGAAUGUCAAAGACCAUGCCAAUACCAGCAACGAAAGCGACGAUCUGCAGAUGAAGAAGCGUCGACGCGUGGUCAUCACGCUCGAUGACUUAAGGAAGGAGUACCAGGCUGUUCUGGACAAAUGCAGUCGAAUCGAACGUGGAGAUUUCGACUUUGACGUUGACGGUGAAGAAGACGGAGACGAGGACGGCGAGGACUCGAUGGUAGAUCCAAGUCAAUCGAGACUGGAUCUGUCCAAGGUUUCGUCGAGGAAUGGCGACACGAUGGAGUUUUGA